CCAUAAGACAGCGGUGGGCACGUCUGCCCAUUAGAUUGUCCGAUAAAUGAUUUGAUUUUUAUUGACAGCAACUGAUUGUUGUGUUUAUGUACCCGAUUGUUUUCUUAUUCUCGACGACUUUCUGAAGAUCUUUUCGAGAUGGGUAGAGCCCGUGAGUCACCGACCCGUGAGUCACCGACCCGUGAGUGCGAAUUUACGGAUCGACCCCUCAUUCUCUCGUUUGCUUCUCUCUCGUCGCCGUUGCGUCUCCCCCUUCCUUGCUGUCCCCCGGCCGUUCCUCUAGGGUUUAACCUCAUGGACGUCGAGGACGAGCUCCCGACCGCCCCGCCGUCCGCCAACGGCGGCGGAGAGGCCUCCCUGGUGGCAGUGUCCGGCGAUCAGUUCGAUUUGGAGGCUUACGCUGCGCAGUACUCGGGGCGAACGCGCGUGGCGCGGCUACUCUUCAUCGCGGGUAAGUGCGGGUCGGAGCCAAUGUGGCUGGACGCUCUGCGGCUCGCCUACGACGAGUCCCUCAAGGGGGAGGACACGACCCUUCACCACGACGUCUCCGCCAGGAUCGCCGGCCGCCUCGGGCCCCGCUACGGCGUAGACCUGGCCUGGUCGGACGCCGUCGAGCGCCGCGCGCUGAUGCGCAAGGACAAGCUGGACAGUGAGCUCAACGGCUACAGGACUAAUCUGAUCAAAGAGAGCAUCCGGAUGGGUUACAAUGACUUUGGUGAUUUCCACUAUGCUCGUGGCCAGCUUUCAGAAGCGUUGAAGAGCUAUAUCAGAACUCGUGAUUACUGCACUAACCCGAAGCAUGUUGUUCAGAUGUGUAUGAAUGUGAUUCUGGUUAGCAUUGAGUUGGGACAGUUUAUGCACGUCUCCAAUUAUGUCAGCAAGGCAGAGCAGACACCAGAAGAUAUAGACCCUGUUACUGUCGCCAAGUUGCGAGCUGCUGCUGGAAUAGCGUACUUGGGAACAAACAAAUACAAGCUUGCUGCCCGGAAGUUUAUAGAGACAGGAUCAGAGCUGAGGAACAACUAUUCUGAAGUCAUCGCUCCACAAGAUGUUGCUAUCUAUGGUGCACUAUGUGCGCUUGCUUCUUUUGAUCGCUCAGAACUGAAGAGCAAAGUUAUUGACAACUACAAUUUCCGCAAUUUUCUGGAGUUGGUGCCUGAAGUAAGGGAGCUUGUACACGAUUUUUAUGCAAGUCGCUAUGGGUCAUGUCUGGGAUAUCUUGAGAAGCUGAAGUCAAACCUGCUACUGGAUAUACAUUUGCAUGAGCAUGUCGAAACUUUGUACAAGGACAUUCGCCACAAAGCUAUCAUACAAUACACAUUUCCAUUUAUAUCUGUUGAUCUCAACACAAUGGCUGUCGCCUUCAAGACUUCUGUGACCAUGUUAGAGAAAGAGUUGGCAGCACUUAUCACUGAUAACAAAAUACAGGCUCGUAUAGACUCGCACAACAAGAUUCUCUAUGCAAAUCAUGCUGACCAAAGAAACACAACUUUCCAGCGUGCACUGCAAACGGGCAAUGAGUUUGAGAGAGAUGUCAAGUCCAUGCUUCUGAGGGCGAACCUUCUCAAACAUGAGUACAACCAAAAGGCAGCAGAAAAGAGGGUGUGAAGUUCUGCAGAGUGCUAACGUUACUGCAGAUGCAUGUGAAAAAGUUCUCUGAUUUGGACCUAAGGUGCAUUUAGAGGUUUAAAUGAUAAUUCGUGCCAUGGUUAAAUAUUUGAGAAUAUCAUCUCAUGAUUUUUAGAAUUGAAGCUCAGAUAGUAGAUCUGCUGCAUUUCUUGAUAAUGUAGCUGCUGGAGUAUGCUGCUACAUAUGUUUUUGAGUACCCCAAGAUGCUAUAAUUUCUCUCAUGCAUGCUCUUCUUUCGGAGCACAUAGCUAGAUACUUGUUGAUGAUUUGCGCAUACAAGUCUACUGACCUUUUGGAGGCUUUAUAUCUCGCUGUUACCGAAGGCGUCUUGUUUGUGUGCUACUGCCUCCGUCCAGAAAUACAAGCUGAUUCCAUUGUUAAA